UGUUCUCUUGACAGCGGGAAGGAGCUCUUUACUAUCGUCCAAUGGCCACUCCUCUGCGAUUUAGGGCUAGCGCCAUUGGCGAAUGCUUCGCGAGGCAGCACUCCUCGCGCCUCCCAGCGCAGAGGAGCGGCGCCGGGAGAUCUGGAACGCGGCGCCAUUGCAGCGCCAUCACUGCCAGCCGCAGCACUGGCGUCUUGAAUUCGCGCAUUGGAGCUGCCAGAUCGGGGUCCCUGCCGUUCGAGGAGCUUCUAGCCGGUGCCGAGGCGGCAGCGAAGCUUGGCUCUCAGGUUGUGCUCGAUGCAUUGGACAAGCCGCGCAGAAUCGAUUACAAAGGAGCAACGGAUCUCGUGACCGACACGGACAAAAAAUGCGAGCUUGCUGUGCUUCAAGAAAUCCAGCGAAGGUUUCCUGACCACUUGAUAUUGGGUGAAGAGGGUGGUGUGAUUGGAAACUCAUCCUCUGAUUACCUCUGGUGUGUCGAUCCUCUUGAUGGAACGACGAAUUUUGCUCACGGAUAUCCCAGUUUUGCUGUUUCGGUUGCAGUCCUUUACAAAGGAAGACCAGCAGCUGCAACAGUGGUGGAAUUCGCGGGAGGACCGUUCUGCUGGGUCACACGCACUUUCACCUCAUCUUCAGGGGGAGGAGCCUUUUGCGAAGGCAAUCCUAUAUCCGUCAGUAACACUGAUCAAGUGGAAAGGUCGCUAUUAGUUACCGGGUUUGGAUACGACCAUGACGAAGCAUGGGCUACAAACAUCUCGCUUUUCAAAGAUUUCACGGAUGUUAGCAGGGGUGUUCGUCGCCUGGGAGCUGCCGCAGUUGAUAUGUGCCAUGUUUCCCUCGGCAUUGUAGAAGCGUAUUGGGAAUACCGACUGAAACCUUGGGAUAUGGCAGCUGGGGUCCUGAUGGUUGAGGAAGCAGGAGGGAAAGUAACUAAAAUGGAUGGUGGGGAGUUUUCGGUUUUUGAUCGCUCAGUGUUAGUUUCAAAUGGUGUAAUACAUCCCAAACUAUUGGACAGAAUAUCUCCUGCAACAAAAACUUUGGUCAACCAAGGCUUAGAUUUUUCACAGUGGUACAAACCAGAGGGUUACAGUUGCAACUGAAACGUUGUAUUCCCUUUCUUUCUAAUAAAUGAUCAAAGACAUUCAAAAAUUGAUUAUA